GGACUGAUGAUUUUGAUAACGCAUUCUUUUUAAUGUAUCUAUUUUCUCAUAGGCAUUUGUCUUGUGUGAAAAGCAUUGUUAAUUUUUCAAUAAAAAAUACGUUUAUAAUCAACCCAUUCACAGAAGUACUUGACCAGUAAGCUUGUAACUUAAAGUCACGACAGUCGUCAAUACAUAAUGCCUAAAAAUAAAGGAAAGGGAGGUAAAAACCGUAGGCGUGGUAAAAACGAAAAUGAAACCGAGAAGCGUGAAUUGGUGUUCAAAGAAGAUGGCCAAGAAUAUGCUCAAGUUACCAAAAUGUUGGGAAAUGGACGUCUAGAAGCUAUGUGCUUUGAUGGUGUUAAACGACUUUGCCACAUACGAGGAAAACUUAGGAAAAAGGUAUGGAUUAAUCAAGCUGAUAUAGUAUUAAUAGGUUUACGUGAAUACCAAGACACAAAAGCCGAUGUAAUUUUGAAGUAUACGCCAGAUGAAGCUCGUAACUUGAAAACAUAUGGAGAAUUUCCAGAAACUGUUCGCAUCAAUGACACAGUCACAUUCGUUGAUGAUGGAUUGGAUGAAGAUAUUGAAUUCGGAGAUGACAUUAGCGAUGAUGAAGAAGCAGACAAUGCUGUUGAUAAUAUUUAAAUUUAUUUCAAAUAGCAUGUAAGCUGUAAUGGUGAUAUCAUUUGCCUAUGAAUAAGAUUAUAAUCAACAACAAAUUUAAAUAAAUAUAAACUUAACAUAAUGCUUAAUUUAUGUAUGUCUGUAUGUGUUUUGUUCUUCUGAUAUUGUUUCUCCACUAUUUGAUAUAAAUUGAAUAAAUUUUAAUUGUAUUAA